CUUCAUUUUCACUCUUCAUCGUUUUGCUCUCAUCUGGACAUGUGCCCCAGCCACUUUUGCUGCUAUUAUUUGAAAGCUCCGAGCCUAGACCCUUUCUGGUGUGAACCGUUGCAUCUUGUAAGUUUGCAUGAUGGCUCCUAAGAAGACUUUGUUCAGCCCAAAGAAGAAAGCCAAGAGCCAAGCCGCUUCUGCAUCUAUGCCUCGAGUCUCGAGCUUGAUGCCGAAAGCAGCUCCAGCGGCUGGAACUUCGUCCAAGCUCCCAGCAAACAACUCCAUAGAGUUGAGCAUCAUGCCUUACACGAGGCGGGCAUCCGACAUCAUGCAGAGUUUGCCCGACGAACCGCUGUUCCAGGUUCAAGUCAAACAUGACGCAAAGCCCUCUGUGACCAACAGAAUCCUCGCCUCCAUGAACAAUUUCCUUCAGGAGUUGCACACAGAAGACUGGAGCAUGCCAUCAACCUUGGCAGCUUUGAGGACCGAAGCUGGGAUCUUGCUCCAGAUCACCGGGCACGAUGACCCGCAUGGAGCGGGCUUUAUUCCUUGGAGGAUCGCCUUCUACGUUGUUAGGGGGCCGAGCGACCUGCAAAACGCACUCAACUUGCUAGAUUCCUUCUUUACUUACCGCAAGACCCAUCUGACUGACAAUGACAUCGCUUUCCCAAAUGCCUUCAAAGUCCAUUUGUCUAUUGCCGAGCCCCUUGGCAAUGCUGUCGACACUACGCAGUUUGCCAAUGCCACUACAGUGACUUCGCCAGCUACAUUGGACCCCUUUGAGGCUGCACCGCCGGCUGGGCACAAGAUUUUGAUCUUCAGUGCAGAGUUCCACCAGGAUGGUUGGAAUUUGAGUGGAGUCUUUGUCGGUCAGACCUAUGCCUUUCGUGACAAGUUUGAGGCUGCCGGCAUCUAUGGAGCACGCGUCGAAGAAUCUGAUGAGUACUGCCGUGUUUUGCCACAGAUGAAUGUUGGAGCUCAAGAAGGAAGGGUCUGGUUUUCGAACCACAUUUUGAAUGAUAUUCUUGCAGGCUUGGUCAUGCAAGUUCGUGUGACAACGCCUCCGCCAGACACGUCUCCGGCGGCUGACUUCCUCAGCUUACUUGUGGACCAGCCUCAGAUUUCUUUGAAGCAAACGACGACAGUGGGAUGAGGCUCUGAUUCAGGCUCUGAGCAGUGUUACAGUGAAAUAGCUAUUCGAAACGAUACAUGAAUCGUUUUUAUGCUUCAUGCUUUGAGCCUUGACUACAAGUUGCCAAGAUGGCUUUGUGAGCACCUAUUUGAGGCUUUACGAUUUUGUAAGAAAUCUUUCGACAGGAAUUUCUCAUAUAUUGCUGUUGUUCUUGCUUGAAAGCCUCACUUGCUUUUGGAUCCGCCUCGAAUUUCUUUCAAACAAACCACACCAGUAGGUUGAGGCUCUGAUUGAAGCUCUCUGCAAUGCUGACGUGCAAUAGCUAUCCGAGACAAUAACUAUGCACCGUUUUCGUGCUUCAUGCUCUGAGCCUUGACGACAGGUUGCCCCAAUUGAUAUGCGACGCGCAUACUUGAGGCUUUACGAUUUUGCACGACAUCUUUUCACAGGAAUUGCUCAUGGUGUUGUUGAUAUUGCUGCUUGAAAGCCUCCACAGAAAAUUCGAGAUGUUGACAGGCUCAGU